UGUUUCCAUAUUUAGAGCAAAAAUUAUAUUAUAAGUAAAUUGUAUUGGCUUGUAAAAAGUUAUUUAAGAAAUACAAAAAUUCCAUUUUGAUUUCAUGGUAUCAGAGAUUAAACCUAGCUAUCAAUGGCGGAAACCGCCGGCCAAAGUAGAGGUUCAAUGACCUCUUAUAAGGUCCUCCAACAGAGUUCCACAAGGUUCGAGAACUCCAUAGAUUUCUCUUUGUCACCGAUGUCGCUGCAUCUGGCCAUCUUCAUUUUGAACGGUGCCUCCGCCAAAGCAUCGCCAAGGCCCUCAUCGCAUUCUACCAGAAGUCGUACCAGGCGCUGGAACCCAUCCUCCUGCUCGGCUGUCACCGCUUCAACAGCAUCGACAUGCACAUCCGCCUCAAGGGUGAAGGCCACACCUCCCAGAUCUACGCCAUCCGCCUUCUACAUUGACAAGCGCAACAUCGACCAGGUCCACCACCAGAUUCCUCAUCCACCUGUCCGGAUGCCACUUCAAGGUGAGCUUGCGGUAAGCUGUAUAGAUGUUGGAGAAGGAGGCAUUGCGGCGAAUCUCGAGGAAGGCGUAGUAGGAAGAUCUGGUGGAUCCUCCUUCUCGAUCCAUGCUCCAGUCGAUCAGACUCCCCCUCGAACCCCAAUGGACGCCAUCAAUGGUGUUAUCCCGAGCUCGUCUAGCUUCAUCGGCCGCCUUCGCCAACCUCCUCCGCCGCAGUUUCUCCUCCGAUGCCGUCGAUUUGCUCUCUCACAGCACCGUCACUUCGCGCAAGAGCCUCAUGAUGAAGCAGAUCAUCAAUCUCGACAUGAACUCCCAAAUCGGAAGCUGCAUGCCCCUCUUUGUGAUGUGAAUCAGAACAUCCAUCCACAACAUCGAGGUCCGACCAGGCCAAGGCGCCAAGCUCGUAUAAGCCGUCGGCACGUUGGCGAAGAUCCUCAAAGAGCCCACUUCGCGACAAGUGUUGGACCUAUCAUCGGGGAAGACAAUUGGCAGUGUUAAGGAAUGUGAGGGACUCUACUACUUUGAGGAGAAAAAUGUGCUGGUGCUGUAGAAUUCAUCAUUUGUUUAAACCGACAUAUUUUAGCUAGCUGAUUUUUUUGGGGGUUGAAAGUUCAUGGUUUUUUUAUUUGAUAAAGUUGGGUAUAUUUUUUGGUAAGUUUAUAGUACAGUAGAUUUGAUACGAUAAAUGUGGUCUUGGUGGCAUUUUUUUUCCUAUUGUUCAAUCUCUUUAUUUUUCCGUACUAUUUGUCAUAACUGUUGCACAUAUUAUUCGUCAUAAUUGUCACACAUAU